AUGGAAUUAAAAGGGGUCCGUCUUCUCUGUUUGUUGCAGGUGUUGAAGUAUUGCGACCACUUGCACGGAAAAUGGUAUUUUUCGGAGGUGCGCGCGAUCUUCUCGCGACGUUACCUGCUGCAGAAUGUGGCGAUCGAGAUCUUCCUCGCCAGCAGAACUUCGAUCCUGUUCGCAUUCUUGGAUCAAGCGACAGUGAAAAAGGUGAUCAAGGCACUACCGCGGGUAGGCGUUGGCAUCAAGUACGGAAUACCCCAGACUAGACGAGCAUCGCUGAUGUCACCGCGACAAUUGAUGAGAAGUUCCAACAUGACGCAAAAGUGGCAGCGUCGAGAAAUCUCCAACUUCGAGUAUCUAAUGUUUCUAAACACAAUCGCUGGUCGCACGUACAACGACUUGAAUCAAUAUCCGGUGUUCCCUUGGGUGUUAACGAACUACGAAACGAAGGAGCUAGAUCUCAGUUUACCGAGCAAUUAUCGAGACUUGUCAAAGCCAAUCGGCGCAUUGAACCCAAACAGAAGAGUUUACUUCGAGGAGCGCUUUCAGAGCUGGGAGCACGACACUAUACCACCAUUCCAUUAUGGCACGCACUACUCUACCGCCGCCUUUGUCUUAAACUGGAUGAUACGCGUGGAACCGAUGACGACUAUGUUCUUGGCGUUGCAAGGUGGUAAAUUCGACCACCCCAACAGGCUGUUCUCAUCCAUCGCGCUCUCGUGGAAAAACUGCCAGCGCGAUACGUCCGACGUCAAGGAACUCAUUCCGGAAUUCUUCUUUCUGCCGGAAAUGUUGGUGAAUAGCAAUCGCUAUCAUCUGGGCAGGCAGGAAGAUGGUAGCGUGGUCGGCGACGUUGAGUUACCACCUUGGGCUUCUUCACCCGAAGAGUUCAUACGUAUAAAUCGAAUGGCCCUCGAAUCUGAGUUUGUAUCCUGCCAAUUACAUCAAUGGAUCGACCUGAUAUUCGGUUACAAACAGAAAGGUCCGGAAGCUGUGCGCGCAACCAACGUUUUCUACUACUUAACAUACGAAGGUAGCGUAGAGCUCGACACGAUCACUGAUCCCAUGAUAAAGGAAGCUAUCGAGAAUCAAAUUAAGAAUUUCGGGCAGACGCCGUCGCAACUCUUGAUGGAACCGCAUCCUCCAAGGAGUUCAGCGAUGCACUUGACACCAAUGAUGUUCUCGAGCAUCCCGGACGACGUAUGCAUGACCAUCAAAUUCCCGUCUAAUUCACCGAUCUGUCAUAUCUCGGCCAACACUUAUCCUCAACUGCCACUGCCAUCAGUUGUGACGGUAACUACCGGGCAGCAGUUCGCUGUUAAUCGGUGGAACACCAAUUAUGCAGCCUCUGUGCAAUCACCGAGUUAUGCGGACACACCUCAGGCGCAGGCUGCCAAUCAGCCAUUGUCCAUGGAUCCUGUUCUCUCUCAAGCAGCGAAUAGCUCGAACCCGGCGUUACGUCGGCAUCUGGGCGACAAUUUCAGUCAGAAGCUCAAGAUUCGCAGCAAUUGCUUCGUCACUACCGUGGACAGUCGAUUCCUGGUGGCUUGUGGAUUUUGGGACAACAGCUUCCGCGUCUUCUCUACCGAAACAGCAAAAAUCGUCCAGAUAGUCUUUGGUCACUACGGUGUUGUCACUUGCUUGUCGCGCAGCGAGUGCAACAUUACUUCCGAUUGUUACAUCGCAUCCGGAAGCGCGGACUGCACCGUCCUUCUGUGGCAUUGGAACGCCAGGACGCAGACAAUUGUCGGCGAGGGCGAAGCGCCGGCACCUCGUGCGACCCUCACUGGUCACGAGCAGGCUGUGACAGCCGUUGUCAUAUCCGCCGAGUUGGGUCUAGUUGUCUCGGGAUCGUAUUAUGGCCCGGUACUCGUUCACACCACUUUCGGCGACCUCCUGAGGUCGUUGGAGGCGCCAAACGGAUUCUCGUCACCCGAGAACAUCGCUAUGUCACGCGAAGGUGUUAUCGUAGUGAAUUACGAGCGCGGGCACAUAGCAGCGUUCACUAUCAAUGGGAAACGUCUUCGCCACGAGUCUCACAACGACAAUUUACAGUGCUUAUUGCUGAGCAGAGACGGUGAAUAUCUGAUGACAGGAGGCGAUAAGGGUAUCGUGGAAGUUUGGCGGACCUUCAACCUCGCUCUGCUCUACGCGUUCCCCGCGUGCGAAAGCAGCGUGCGUUCCCUCGCUCUCGCUCAUGAUCAAAAGUUUCUCCUGGCCGGUCUGGCAAACGGGUCCAUUGUGAUAUUCCACAUUGACUUCAACCGAUGGCAUCACGAAUUCCAGCAGCGUUACUGAAAUUACGACUUCCUCUUCGCCUAAGGACGCAAGCGCACCUCGUGAGAUGUCUCGGAAAGAAAAAAAAGAAGGAAAGAACUCUCGCACUCUUCAAGCGGUUAUGACAACUUCUGUUACGAAAUUACUCGCGUCUCAGAGCUCAAAUAGCUCUUCGUUCGAACGACUUCCCCAUUGAUCCGUGUGUCAACUCGCGAAUUCGCGGGGGCUGAAACGGCGUAUUAUCAGUCAAAAUAAGAAAGAAAGAAAAAAGCUCGUGCACGCGGGCCAGCUUUUCUUCGUCGGAUUUUCGCCGAAUCCACCGUACGUUUACGGUGUAUGCAGAGGGUAUGCUGUGUGAAAUGGGGCACAAUGAGAGCAGCGAUGAGAGGAACGAUGUGUAUUCGCCUGACAUCGAGAUACCUGCGAAUUUUAGCGUUCAGCAAUAAACCUCCCUUUCGCGGUCGCGUGCUCGUGAGGGGAACAGUCGAGCGGGGCGAGACGCAAAAAAGAAAUGAGGUGCGAUCACGUGAGUGUUGUUUACCUGCACACGAUCGCCGAGAGAGAGAGAGAGAGAGAGAGAGAAAGGGAGAGUAGAAACGUCCGGCCGCCGCGAAAGUUUGUGUAAAGCGUAGACACUACAUGCGUGCCGCUCGAAACGCUAGUCAAUUAAUGAAGACUCGAAUGUACCUACCCUACAUUCGCGACUGUUUGCGGUUGCCGUGAUCGUGCGAUUAUUUCUUCUCACGCGCCGCGCGCGAGGAGGAAGCACACGUCGUCCGGGGAAGUAGUAACAGCCGUCGGCGCGAAACCGGAGAGGAAAUGUCACACUUCCGUGACGAGACGGCGGAGCUGAACAUACACGUUAUUUUUAUGUCUGAAACUGCACGUGGAUUUGGCCACGGACACACUUUAGCCCUUAAUGUCCAAUGUGUAAAUACGAAUAUAUAUUCUUCACGAUACACGUAAUCCACACAUACACACGCACGCACGCAUCAUAUUAAGAACACGAUAUUAUACACAUCCGUGCAAAUACACGUAUACACAGAUGCGCAUAUACACGCUCACGCGCGCUUUAUUCCGUGUUAGAAGAAGCGAGGAAGAGAGAGAGAGAGAGAGAGAGAGACGCGUAUUAUCGCGCGAGAGACUUGCAUUGUAUUCUUCGCCGACGUAUUAAUGUCGCUCACGUCGAAACUUUUUGGCUAAGCACCUUGUACGUUCAGUUCGAACUAUAUACGCACGCGAACGCGCACUGCGUAUCACCGAUGACCGGGUAGCGUCCUGGCAAACAUCCGGUCGGUCGGCACGUCACCGAUCGCUCUGCGGGACAGCCUCCGGUAUCAUCAGUCAUCCCCGCUACUACACUUUCUACACCCUGAUGUUCGCGUCCUUCGAAAAAGAUCCUAAUUUUUAUCAAAGCCGUCCAGCUUAACUUUCGCGAGGAUAUUUCUUAGUAUUUUCGCACGCGACGUAUAUAUUUAAUCAGCAAAGCAACUUAUUGUAUAGGCUAAAGUAACAUCCCCGAAUUCACCCUUAUAAACAUUCCGCGCGAUUCGUCGAGGAUAGUCUGUGUGGGCGAAUGCGUGAUCGGCGCGUCCCUUAGGACGCGCCGAGCGACGAGUAGAGUAGAGUAUACGAGAUAAAGGAACGUGAGAGCGUAAGUGUGUGCGAGUGUGAGAGAGAGAGAGAGAGAGUGAGAGAGUGAGGGAGUGAGGCGAGGAGUAGUAAUUCACCUUGACAUUCAACAACGAUGGGGGAAGAUGAUGCUUGAUCGUGCGUAAGUGAAGUAGAAUAACUUGAUUUUUCGUUCGUACGUCAUCGUAGAACGUGUGAUAGCUGUCUCGUAAUGUUGCUACUAAGUAUUAGUAUCUCGUCAUUCUGAGCCCUGUUCUAUGAGUGAGAGAGACACAUACGGGGCGCCGUAUAAAUAUAACAUUUCGAUUGUUUCUACGUAUUCUCGAUAUAGUGUAUCUCGUCGUAAUCUCGGUUAAAUCUUGUGUAACGAGUGAUUACUUAUCUAAGGAGAUGUUGUUUUCUUGUACAAUGCUUAAUAGUCGUACGAUGAUAAUGAACGCGUCACGCGAACCCGUCACGGUAGGUAGUAAAAAGUUCUUCGUGUACGAGAGAAUGAUGAAAGGUACACGGAAGAAGAGAGAGAGAGAAAAUGUGAUGGAUGAAGCAGAAGGGGGGGAGGGGGGUGAAUAGGAAAGUGCGAGGAAGGAAGAAAGAAUGUAAAUGCACUUCAUUCGAAUGCGGAUGUGUGUUACGGAUCGCAGUUGAUAUCGGCGGCGAUAAUUUAAGAGUGACUUCGAGUGAUCCUAUAUUUUAUAUUACGCAAUCUUACAUAUUCGCGCGGCUCAAUUCGUCAUUUACUUCGCAUUCACGCGGACGAAUGAUAUCUCCUAUUCUAGAAGCGCUUAGUCGUAGCUGCGGGACGAGUAGGCGGGGGGAGGAAAGUGCGAAAGAGUAGAUAGGUAGCAUCGAACGCGGCCAAAUCUUCCACUUCGUUGACAAUUUUGAUAACGCCGUCUCCAGACGGGCUUGAAGAGUAUCAGACGCGUAUCGAGAUCGAGAUCGCGUCUUCGAGGCACUUGGGCGCGAGGGCACAGAUUUUUCGGCCACCUCAGCGCGCUGUGUGUGUGUGUGUGUCUAGUCAGGGAUUAUCGCGCUGUCGCAAAUCACCUGCGAUCCUCAGCAUUCUAGGUAUCGAUAUAAAAUGAUACACCGUACUACGUUUACGUAUGUAGAUGUAUAAAAAAAAAAAAGGUAAACGCAUAGUGCCGUCGUUUUAGUGAUCGAAUCACACUUUCGGCUUGCGAGAUCGCGGCAGCGUUACGACGAUCGCAACCGGGGGUCCGCUCGCGAUCCCGCUCUCGUCGCCGGUAAUUGUACAAUUCUUAAGCACAUAGGAGGAUGUUACGUGUGCAACUUGUUAAUAACGUUGUGUAUUACCACUCGUUAUGGGCGUGCUUCUAUAUGAUCGUUCGUGUCUUAUUUUAUUUGCGCAUAAAAGGAUGUUAGCACGAAUGGGAGAGAAAGGAAAGGCGAUGAAGUGACGAAGAAAAGGAAAAGCAAGAGAGAGAGAAAGAGAGGAGACAAGAGUCGAAGAUUGUGUCCGGUGCUUUCAAUGAUAUAUCAUUAGCUCCGUUUAUACAUACGCAUCGGAAUCGAGAUCCCGUGAUCGCGAGUAUUCGAUAUAUAGGAGCGCGCGUGGACUCUUGAUUUUCAUCAUAAUAAGAGCUACGUGUAAUGAGAGGAGGAGGCAGAAGAGAACAGAAGAAAGGAGCACGCGACAUUCCAUCGGCAUUUCCCAUUUUUCUCAAAUUCGAGAUCGAUCGGGGGCUAAAGGUCGGAGAAAAAAAAGCAAGAGGAAAUUGGCAAUCUCAUUCCUUUCGUAAGCCGCUAAUAAAAAUAGCGAAAAUCGCGAAGUGCAGUGAUGGACGAGAUCGUGGAAAACGUCACACGUACGAUGAAUGAAACGUGUUCACGGGGAGUAUGACGUGUGUCCGAUUAAACGGCAUGCAUUUUCACAUUAUUCAAUCAGCGUGAUGGGGUGAGAAUGCAUCGGCGUGACGAGGGAUCGCGUGAGAGAAAUUUUUAUAUUUGUUUAUAAAUGUGUGAGAAUGUGCUGCACUCUUCGAGCAAGUUGUUAGUGAAUUCCCUCCAUAUUGCUAAUAUAUAUAUAUAUAUAUAUAUAUAUACACACAUAUAUAUAUAUAAAAGAAGUUAACUCAAAACGAUUUCUGUCCGUAUUCGAGCAUUCAGUACAUAAAAGGAAAAAAAAAAAGACAAAAAUAUCGCUACUAUUUUACAUAACGCUAAGUAAAAUGCUACGAGAGUUUGCCUAUAUUAUUAUUACGAUUACGAUUUUAUUGUCAUCAUUAUUAAUUAAUAUUCUUAUUAUUGUACGAUUGUGGGGCUACAUUAAUGUACUUAAUAUUAACAACUAUCUAUACGGGAGCAUAGAUUUGUAUAUUCGUCCGAUAAGGCUCUUAAUGUUUGCGUGUUAAGUGAACACUUUUACUUACCCAUACUACGAUUACGAGAAUGGCGCGAAGGUAAUAGGUAACUGUGUGUAAAGUUUUAUCUGGUUUGUUUACACAUGCUGCGAGCUGCCCGUAAAAAAAAAAAAAA